UGUGGCGCUGCUUAAAAUACGUGAGCACGCAUACACUUUUUGGUUUCACGCUACGCUACACAGCCAUAUUUCUAAACGAUCAGCACGUGUUUAUUUUCAACGUAUAUGUACUGCAAAAAAUAAAUAUAUUUACGUUACAUUAAGGAAAAUGGCAAAGUCACUCAGAAGCAAAUGGAGGAGGAAAUGCAGAGCUGUAAAACGUGAACGUUAUGGUGCCAAAGAACUGGAAAAACUCAAAAAGACACUGGGUAUCGAUGCGAAUGCUCAGGGUGACGUUGAAAUGUCUGAAAUUUCGGAAAUUGCAACAGUAACGGACGCAGCCUCAGUUAAGAAGAGCAUCAAAGAGAAAACGGAAGCCAAUGGGAAUGAAGUCGAGAAAAUGGAUGAGGACGGAAAGAGAGUUUACAAUAAGAAAACGUUACUCGAUCAACAUGGCAAUUAUCCGGUUUGGAUGAGCAGAAGAAAAAUAAACAAACACAAGAAAGGCAGAGCGAAGUCAAAGAAAGCUACAAGUGCGCAGACCAAGAGGCUCACAAGGAAACAGAAAAAAGCAGCCAAGGCAUAGAAGGAAAUGAUAUCAUCGACCGAUAACUCAGGCCAGGCGUUCUUCCUAGAUUCCUCUUUCAAUAUCUAUUUUUUAAAUUAUAAUUAAGCUCAAUAAUUAUUUAUUGAGAUACAAUGUUGAACUUAUUGAUACAUAAUAAAGAUACGAAAAGAUUUAAAAUAUUGAA